AUGGAAAAGGGGAAGUUUUCUUUCAGUAUAGGUAAAUCUAAAGAAAAGGAGUCUGAAAGUCUGGGAAAUAUUUUUGAUGAAAAAGAAGUGAUAAGUGGUAAAAAUAGGGGGAAUAUAGAAGACUUUGAUCAAACAAAUUCUGAUAAUUUUCAAAGCAUUAGUGCUAAUUUUGAGUAUAACAAAUCAAUUAAUUUUUACAAUGAGCAUCCGGAGUUGCUGGAGGACUUUGACAAGCCAAAUGAAAUAAAAGGGCGUGAGAUUGAAAAGGAGCAGGAGAAAAAAGAGGAGCCAAAAAAAGUUUCUUUAGGGAAAUCAAAGUAUUUAAGCAAAAUACAAAAAUAUGUAGAGUUGAGAAACAUUGAAAGAGAAGAAAUUCAAGAAGAAAAGAUUCAGAAGGAAAUACAAGAGGAGGAAAAUACACAAGUUUUUAUUACGGACUCAUAUAAGGACAUUUUGGAAGAAAGAAAAAAAUUCAAGGAUUCUUUUAUUAAGAGAAAAUUGUCAGAAGGUGAGAAUUUAAAGAUUAGUGGGCCCUCUAGCAUUUUUGAAAUGAGAUUUUCCCCAGUAAUGGACAAAAUAAAAGAUGAAGAAAGUAAUCAACAGGUUGCCUUUGAUGAUUCAAAGGAAGAAUUGAUGAUUAAAGAUUCGAGUUCGGCUGAUAAUUUAACAAUUGAAGAUAAUAAUAUAGUGAAUAAUGAGGAAGUCUCAAAAGCUAGCAAGGAUUUUAAACAAGUCAAAAUACAACAAGCAAGAGAACGAUAUUUACUUCGAAAACAAGCGAGAGAAUCAACAUGA